CUAUUGUUGUCGUAAUCAAUAACACAAUUACCACAAAUAUCACUACAAAUAUCAGUAUCACCAGCACUACUACUACAACUACUACAAACUACUACUACUACUACUAGCUAUGGCUAAGCUAUCUUUGAUUAGAGACAAAAUAGGCGGUCGGGAUCCAGGUCUAUUACCCGGUUCGCUCAAUUACCCGCGACCCGUAUUAGAUCCGCAAUACGCUCUAUACUAUCAGAGAGGUCGAGUUAUGGACAUUCCGACCGAAAUCCGUGAAAAAUUUGCAACCGAUGGUCCCGCAGCUUUUGGUCGCGAUCCGCAGACUGGUCUACCAAUUUACGGGCCGCUACCGUACGAACAAUGCUUUCCGACUAACGUACCCAAUGAGUUGAAUUUAUCGGGCAGUUGGCAAGUGGCUAAGCCGUUGUUGGCACAGUUAGGCAUACAGAUAGAGACUAAGAUACUCGAGGGUGCAUUCGGUGAGGUAUGGCGUGUGGAUAUGGGUCCGGGCAACGGCACAAUGGCUGUGAAAAUAUUGCAAAUCUGGCAGUUUGUCAAUUUGUAUGGCUCGCUGACGGAAGCAAUGAGAAUGAUGCUCAGGGAUGUUGAGUCGGUACGCGGCUUAAGACACCCGAAUAUGGUGUCCGUAGAAACUGUACUACACGUGCGCGACGAUCGGACCGGUUUUCCGUCUCUGUAUUCGUUUAUAUUUAUGGAACUAUGCGACGGAGAUUUGUUGGACGAAAUGGACAGUCUGCCCGAUCAGGUAUACGAUGAGAUAGGUGCUCAUCGAUGGUUGAAACAGGUAAUCGAAGGACUAGGCUAUUUGCAUCAGAAUCGUGUCGCCCAUUUGGACAUCAAACCGGAUAAUAUACUGUUCCUUAAACAACCGCACGGUGCCCCUCAUAUCUACAAGUUGGCCGAUUUCGGGUUGGCCGAAGUUUUCCAUGCCGAUGAACCUUCGAUGGAAAGGUCAGUCAAAAAAGGUACGGCUCGUUAUUUGGCGCCCGAAGUGUUUGCCUAUAAACAGUUGCCGCCAAACAGUCCCAUACAGAUGUUUAAUACCGAAAAACUGGACAUCUAUUCGCUGGGUAUGACAAUGGCGCUCAGUUUGAUUGGUUUCGACGAAAUCGAUCAGUACUGUUACCCGACUACCGGUUGGUUGCGUGACGUCAGUCCCAAUUCAUUUAUCGACGACAGUCUAGUAUUUACGGGAAAAUUUGAGAAAAAUCAUCCAAUGAUCGAGCUAUUGAUGUUGAUGACCAGUACAGUGCCCGGUGAGAGGCCAACUGUCCAAUAUGUACGCACCUGUCCAUGGAUGCAACAGGUUUUAUGAUGGAUGGAUGGAUGAAUGGACAGAUAUGGUGUGGUUAGAUGGCGGACGGAUGGGUGAGUCUAUACAAUUAACCAAAAACUGUAUGCAAUUUUUAUAUUAUUUGAUUUAUUGGUUAGGUUAGGGGUAGUGAGUG